GGCGACGCUCUCUCGCGGGCCAGAGUUGUCCGGGACGCCGCGCUGUGAGGACGCUCCCCGACCCGCAGCCGUGACUUGACUCCUUCGCUGUCACGCUCCUCGAGUCCCGUUGCCGCUUCUGGCGCUGUGUUGGAUUCUGCUGCUGACUGUGCCGGGCCUUGCUGUGCUAUAGUUGCCUGCAGUGUUGGAGGUCGAGAUACAGCAGUGCUUGGAAAGCUUAGAGAAAACUGUUGACGGUGUGGAAGACAGUCUUUUGGUGCUGUGCAGAGUGACUCCUGAACGGCGUGUGAGAACGCAGGAUUUUGACGCAAGAGUGAUGGGAGAGCUGUGUGUGGAGGGCAUCAGAAGAGAUCAAAUCAUGGCUUUGCCGAGUGUCCUGAACUACAGAAUCUGGUCCUCCACGGGGCCUCGAAGCCUGCCGAGCCUGGCGAGGCGAGGGCCAAGCACCAAGCUGCGGAAGAGCCUGUUCGGCCCCGUCGACCACGCCGAGAACCUGCGAUUCGUGCGCGAGGAGCUGGACAAGAUCUCGCGAGAGGACUCCGAGCGGUGGAACUUCGACUUCGCGGCGGAGCAGCCCCAGGAGGGACGCUACGAGUGGACGGCCGUGGGCGACGCUGCUGCGACAGAGUCCAGUCAGCCCACGCGACUCACCUGCCUCACCGCCUCCGCCAACAACAAAAAGCAAGUGAAGCGUCUGCAGACCUCCCCGCCGGGCAAGCUGAAGCAAACCCUGUGCACCGACUUCUUCAGACUCAGCUCCGCGAAGACCCGAAGCGCGUUCAGUGCCGACACCAAGCUCGUCGACAGUGCCAAAUACGCCCGCUUGAGGUUGUCGGAAACCUCGCUCUCCGAGAGCAAGGAAAACACCACCUUAAACCAUAGAGAAAAUGCAAAUAACUGUGUGGAAAUGAGAUGAAUAGAAUAAUGGGAUGAUUGUGUGAACUGCAGGCAGGAGGCGUCAGUGCGUGCGGUGCGGCGACCAAGCUUUAAGCUCCCGGUGCAAAACUCUACGGAAGAUCUCUCCCUAAGUCGCACCGCUCGCUCGCUCGGCGCUCUCGACUGCCAGUGAGACAGAACCAAAGAAAAACUGCAACGAGAUCUCAUUCUUUGAACUUUAUUAUCAUUACUAUUGCUGUUAUUGUUAUUAUUAUUAUUGCUACACCAUUGCUUUUGUUAUUAUUAUCAUUAUCAUUAUUGUUUUUAUUAUUAUUAUCAUCAUCAUCAUUAUUAUCAUUAAUAUUAUUAUUAUUAUUACCAUUAUUACUAUUGAUAGUGACAUUAACACCUAUUGUUAUCGUGUGAAUGUUCUUGCUUAUCUAGACAUAUGUAAGUUGAUACUUUUUUGUGUGUCUGGAUGUCUGUCCUGCUUCGUGACAUCAGAGUGACGUCACUGCGCCUAUUUGAAGUACAACUCACAUCCGGAAAAGGGUUCGUGUGCGUCUUCGUACACACCGACCCAAUACAGACAUGGACCCCCCCCUCCUCCCCCCCAACCGGAGGCAUUAUCUACCUGCGGAGUAUCUAUCUAUCGGUGCUCCUGUUCGUGGGCGCGUCGCUGCAUCAUCUUGAAGCCGCGGACGAGAAGCCUGCGACGGUAUUGCAACAAGGGGAUGCGCCGGGUCCAUCUUGCAACACUCGAGACUUAGUACCUGCUGAUUUUUUUUUUUUACCUGACACGUGGACGAAACUUCAAUCUGCAUUAGACAUCAUCUACCAGAUUCUACCAGACGACUUUCAACUUCCGGGUCUAUUCUACUUUAACUACUACCAUCACCUGUGCUAAAUCCAGUUCGUGUGAUGGCGUGGAAUUUUGUACAUCUUGUUCACGUGUACAUUUUCUCAAAAGCCUGAUCUCGCUAGUAACUUUUUAAGGAUAUUUAAUUCUAUUGUACAUAAGAGUUUUUUUUCUCAUAUAUUUUGUGAUGCCAAACUUUUUAUUUUUGUUCUUAAUGAUUCCCUUUCAUUAGGGAAGAAAUUUAUGAAUAAAUCAUAUGUGUUUUA